AUGGCUUCAAAAAAUUGUAUGCAAUGUUCAUUGUGCACAUAUUACGGGUGUACGGAUACGUUUUUCACAGAAGAACAGCCUGAUCAUGAUAAAAGUGAGAUACAUAGGAGCUCUAUGAAGAAGAUAUUAGAAGAAGUGCAACGUGUUCACGAGGACGCUAUUAUUCAAGAAACAAUCAAUCCCGGAGAAAAUUCUGGUAGUAUCUCUCUAAAACUUGAUCAUGUUAAAUUCAUGUUGGCAAUAAUUCAUACGAUAACUGAGGAUAUGCCAAAAUCAAAUGAAAGUAUGAGUGUUUUAGAUCGUUUGCCUACAUUAAAUCCGAAUCUUAGCUCAACUAGUUCUUUGGUGAGAAACUCAAUUAUAGAAGAGGACCGAAAUUUGACCCCUGCUUCCAAUCGCCAAUUACUUCAAGAGCAAAAACAGCUCAAUGAAGCGAGUGUCAAUUUGCUUUUGUCUCGAAUUGUUUCACCGCCUGACUGCAGCGAUGCAAACAAUGGCAUACAACAAAAUGAACAACAUACAAAUGCAUCAUCGGCUACACCAUCUAAUGAUGUUGAAGCUCAUCUAACUCAGCUUAAGCUGCUUAAAUGUCAAUUAGAUGAAAAGCCGGUUUCAACAGAUGGUACUCUCGUUUGGCAUAUUGAUAAAUUAACGGAGAAAAUUCGAAAUGCCACAUCUCUGACAAAGUUAUUUAUCAAUUCAUAUUCGUUUAAAACACCUAUGAACGAUCUUAGUUUCUUUGCUCGUCUUUAUUUGAAUGGAAAAAGGGACCAUAAGAAUAUAUCAUUUCAUGUGCAUCUGAAUUUUCCAGUUACAAGCACUUUUAGUGGUAAUGUGAAAUUCAUUUUAGUGGAUCAAAGUAAUAGCCCUCCGUUAGAACAUAUUAUGCAAUCUUGCCAAGGACAAAUGAAUUUUACGAAUGAUUCUAUUGGUCUUGAUAAUUUUAUUGAUAAACAACAUCUUCAUCAAGCAUCGAGUCGAUAUAUUCGGGAUGAUGCAGCUGAUUUUAUUGUUCUUAUUCAACAAACAAAUGAAGAAAAAUUUUCACACUAUCCACCAAAUAUUCAACAAGCAUUACUUCAAUAUCAAUCAAUAACUUGA